CGCGUCCGGGACACGUGCAGUGUCUCCGCCAUGUCACCCUUCGUGCAGAUUCCGGUCGGAGAACACCCACAGCUGGACGACGACGAGGGUGAGGACGAGCUCCUUCCCGCGCCGCCCGACAGGCUCGAGAGCAUCACCUCGUCUCGCCUGUGGUGGUCCGUUGACGGCAUCAAGAACUUGAUCCAGCCGUCCACGAUAGACUUGGUGCCGGCGCCGGCGGCGCCGAGCGCGGCUCCUGACUACGGCUCCAUCGUGCUCAAGAUUGACUCGCUGAUGUCGCACGUGCGCGGCGAGCACAUCCUCUCGAACCUCAAGUACUUUGAGAUGAACGUCUCCGUCAUGGCCCGCGCAAGCGGCAGCGACACGCCGAUCCCGUACACCAAGGACAAGGUCUCGGUCGCGCUCGUCACCGAGGACGGCCUGCCGCUCAUCCGGCUGCUCAGCGACGAGGACCGGCAGUUUGUGCAGCUGGUCGGCCCCGACGGCGUGGAGCUUCGCGAGGCGGGCCCGGUGGACGUGCAGCCCGACGGGCAGGUCUUCUUUCGCCUGCGGCUGGGCAAGCGGAUGAUCUCGUCCAAUUUCGGCAAGCGGCUCCGGCUGCUCGUCUUCCUCAACGUUGAGCAGGAGACGCUGCAAGAGUUCCCAAACCUCAGCGUCGUCUCGCCGCCAUUUGUGGCCAAGACGCGACUACGCAACCCGAAGCCGGAGAAGAAGGAGAAGGAGGCCGGCUCCAGCACAUGGCGCUCGCCCUUGCCGGUGCUCCCGACCGGCACGCCAACGACAGGCUCGUCACGCCCGGGCGUGGUGCACGACCCGGUGACGUACCAGGUGUCCGCCCUCGUCCAGCGCCUCGUGGCGCUCGAGAAGCGCGUGCGCGAGCUGGAGCAGCAGCGGCAGCCCGAGGACAGGCCGGCCAAACAGGCCAAGAGCGAGACGUGGGCG